AUGGAUGUUGACUUUGAUGGUGCCCAUUUCGAGGACGAGGGAGAAUCGUUAUCACAGGUGGAGGUGUAUGAGGGCGCAGGGACUUGUUAUGCUCAGGAUGGUGUGACCUUUCUGGAUCUGUUUGACACUGAUGAGUAUGCAGAAUGCAGGAAGGAAAACCUCUUCUACCCUUUUGCAUCAAAGGAAGAGUGGAAGGUCGCCAAUUUUCUCCUGCGUUCUCCCCUCAGUAUGGCAGCGAUUAACCAGUUUCUGGAACUCCCUAUGAUCCAUCGGUUGAAAUUGUCAUUCCGCAAUGCUAAAGAAUUACGAAGCCAUGCUGAAAUGCUGCCAAAAGGACCAAGCUGGAAGUGCCAAACCAUCCCUUCACUCAAUCGCACAAAAGGGCCUAUCCGACUAUUUUGGAGGGACCUGGUGGAAUGUUUGGAGAGUCUCUUCAGUAACCCCCUUUUCCAUGACCAGCUCGAUUUUGUCCCUCACCAUGUUUAUAUGACAUCAGCGUGGCUUCUUCAUGUAUACUCAGAGUGGUUGACAGGCGACUCUGCUUGGGAGAUCCAGGACCAGCUUCCAAGAGGUGCGACAGUCCUAGGCACUGUACUUUCUUCGGACAAAACGAAUAUCACCAAUAUGACUGGUGCCAGGGUCGCUCAUCCACUCCUUUUAGGCCUUGCUAACAUUCACAUGAACACUCGCACCAAGCUCUCAUCCAGAGCUUUCUUCUUACAGCCCUCCUCCCUAUCCUGCAGUAUUUGCAUUCAAAUCCACGGAUGCGGGGCAUGCUAG